ACCGUCUAUUCAUUAUUGUCGUUUGUCGUGUACAAUAAUUAUUCAGCGAACGACCAACAUCACUAUCUUAUCAAAUUUACAUAUUAUUCCAUAAUUGUUUAUUUGAUUUUAAUAUAUUUUUCUAAUUAACCAUUUACUAAUCUACACUUACUUCAUUCGGUUACGUGCCGCUAUCCGUUUACAAUUGUUGUCAGUGAUCUGUUUUAGUUGCAACCUUUACCUGAAAGUUUUUUUUUUAUAUUAAAAAUGGGGGGAUUUCUCAGUUAUUUUAAAAGUCUAUUCGGUGAAAAAGAGCUAAGGAUUUUAAUAUUAGGUUUAGAUGGUGCAGGGAAAACCACAAUUUUAUACAGGCUUCAAGUCGGCGAAGUAGUCACUACCAUUCCAACCAUAGGAUUCAACGUUGAGCAAGUUGUUUAUAAAAAUAUUAAAUUUCAAGUUUGGGAUCUUGGAGGUCAAACGUCAAUAAGACCUUACUGGAGAUGCUACUAUUCCAAUACAGAUGCUGUAGUUUAUGUAAUUGACUCUGUCGACCGAGAAAGAAUGGGUAUUGCAAAAGAUGAACUUAUGUACAUGCUUAAAGAAGAGGAAUUGCAUGGUGCUAUAUUAGCCAUAUUAGCCAACAAACAAGACAUAGAAGGCUGCAUGAGUGUAACUGAAGUACAUCAAGCCCUUGGUUUAGACUCGUUGAAAAAUAGAACAUUCCAAAUUUUCAAAACUUCUGCCAAAAAAGGUAUAGGCCUCGAUGAAGCAAUGGACUGGCUUUGUAGCACGUUACAAAAUCGUAAAUAAUAUUUACGUUGAUGUUUGUAAUUAGAUAAUUGUGUACAAAAUAGUUUAUCUUAUGAAAUGUAUGAUUAUUCAAAUUAUUAAAGCUGUGAUAUUUGCUUCAUCCAAAUAUUAGCCACAGCUUAAGAAAUAGUGUUUUUUUUUGUGUCAAAAUUUUACUGAUUACAUAUAUAUUAUAUAAAAUUUGUUAUACAUAGUUGUAUUCCUUCAUUUCAUAAGUGGGCAGUUAUUUUUAUGCAAUUAUUCUCCACUGUACAUAUAUGCAAACUACGUAUAAAUAAGUAUA